AUGGCUGAUACUGAAGUCACAAUUUUCGAUAAGAUAGUUAGCAAGCAAAUCCCUGCUAAGAUUGUCUAUGAAGACGACCUUUGCUUAGCUUUUAAGGAUAUCAACCCCUAAGCUCCUGUCCACUUUGUCCUCAUCCCUAAAAAUAGAGAUGGUUUGACUUAAUUAAGCAAGGCUGAAGAUAGACAUAAAAAUUUAUUAGGUCAUUUAAUGGUUGCUGUAAGCAAAAUUGCAGCCUAAGAACCUUUAUUAAAAGAUGGUUUCAGAAUAGUUGUAAACGAUGGUCUUCAUGGAGGAUAAAGUGUUUACCAUAUUCAUAUUCAUAUUUUUGGUGGUGCUCAAUUAACCUGGCCUCCUGGUACUCCUGGUCCCGGUGGUGAAAUCCCUUAACCUCCUCCCAAACAUUGA